CUAAUAAGAUCACAAAACAUGUUCUUUAUUUUCUUAAUUUAUUUACUUAUUUAUUCUGGUAAAUAUUUUUUUAUCCCGAUCCACACGCUCUGACCAACUGCAAUAAAAAAGAAGAAAAUGGUGCAUCGCUUUUUAGAUGGUUUGUCCCUCGGUGGACUCCGUAGCGGCUAAACAAACAGAGACGCUAACGAACGCAGAUUCUGCUUUAAAAAUGAAAUGUCUGUCCUGCGCAGAGCCACAACAUGGGAGAUUUCUGAAUCAGAGGACAGCGAUCACGACCUGAAAUCAGAAUUAAACCGCGAUGAAAGCUGUCAAAAAGAAACAACAGACAGCAGAGGAGAACCGGAGGCUCUCCGCUCCCAGGAAAAACCCAUAAAUCUGCCGUCUUCACCGGAUAAAAGUGACCCUAGAGUCGCUCUAUCUGCUCCGGAGGCAUCCGGCGGCUCCCCGAGCCCGGCACGCAAACGCCGCAGCAGGGAGGAGAUUGAGGAGGCCAGGCUGAAAGCCAAGGAGCGGAAGGAGGAGAGGGAGCGGCAGAGAGCCGCCAGAGCCCGGGAGAAGGAGGAGAGGAGGCGGGAGCAGCAGCGGAGGAGAGAGGCGGCGGAGACCCUCAAGAGCCUCCGGCCAGAGAACUGCAUCAAGAGCCUGACGGUCUGUGUAGAACCAGCCCUUCUCCAACAUGACGGCUCAGACAUUUUGCUGGACACACUGGCCAUGUUGGAGUGGAGGUUCAGUGUUGAGAGCCAGCGUUUGUCUCGCAGCAUCACCUGGACCAGAGAUCUGCCUCAGCAGGCAGAAGACGGUCAGGCCCGGGUGGAGGAGGAGGAGCAGAUGGUUCUGGUCUUGACUCUUGCUGACUUUGUGGACGUUGUGAUCUCCGUUAAAGAAAUGGUGGACAGCGAUGGGGAGGAGACGGGGACGGUCCUCAGUCCCCUCUUGGAGUGUCUCAACCGGGAUAAGGUGGUCACCAUGUUGGUGACGGACCUUGAGUCGGAUCACUGGAUGGAGGAAUAUUUUCCAGAACAGAUGCUGCGGACCAAACUGGGGAUGAAGGAUCAGGAUGUGGAGGAGGUUCUUGUUUACCUUCAGCUCUAUAAAAACAUCUCUGUGGUUUUCGUGGAGAGCUGGCAGGACAUCACCGACCAUGUGUGCGCCGUCACCAAGGCUUUGUCAAAACGCCCCUUUAAACUCAUGACUGAGCGGACCGAGCUGCCGUUCUGCGUGGACGGUUCGUGGGCCGGCGGGGCCCGGGUUGGGAGGGACGGUUCGGGACUGAGGGACGUCUGGGUCCGGCAGAUCCAGCAGCUGAACAGGGUGAGCCCGGCGGUGGCCGCCGCCGUGGCCGAGGCCUUCCCGUCUCCGCGGCUCCUGUUGCAGGCUUACCAGAACUCCGGUUCCGAGGCGGAGAAGAAGAGCAUGCUGGCUGGGCUCUCGGUGAAAACAGAAGGGAAAGAAAGAAGAGUUGGACCGGAUAUUUCAGCCAGAAUGUACCGCAGCCUCACCGCGGAAAACCCUCAGCUGGUUCUGGACUGAUCGGCCCAAUCUGGAAACCAUGGAGAACUUUUUACGGAAAAGAAUCUGCUUCUCUGGUUUAAUGUAAAAAUGUAUGACGGAGUACUAGA